ACCACAUAUUUGCUUCCUGCAGUAAUGCAAAAAUCUUCUAGAGAGACAUAUGCAAACAUGUUGUCAAUCACAAUCAUGCUUUUAUCAUUCUCCAAAAUAACAAUCCUUGGAACUACAUCUGGAAUAACCUUAAAAACAAGAAGUUUAACGGUAGUCUAAUGUGGGAUUCUUUCUUACUCUUUGGGAUGUGGCACAUAUGGCUAACUAGGAAUCACAACCAAUUCAACAAUGUUAAAACCACCACAAAUGUUGAAAAUGUUAUCAAUUGUGCCAUUGAAUUCAUUACUGCUACUGACCAAGGCAUGAGGGAUGACAACACUACUACCAUCCACAUCAAAUGCUUGUUCCCCUAAACAAUAACAUAAUAUUGAACACGGAUGGUUUAACCUUGGAAAAUCUAGGAAAAGGGGUGAUUGGUAGAGUCUUUAGAAAUAGCAUUGGAGACUGGAUACUUGGAUUCCAAAAAGGCCUCCAAAAGACUACCAGUACAAGAGCAUAGAUUUUAGCUCUUCGAUCUCCAGGAAUUUGUAGUCAAAAAAGAUUUACAAACCACUUGAAAUUUGCAUAGACUCAACAGAGGUAAUUAAAUUCUUAAAUCACCCAAAUGAAACUUACAAAAGUUUGUUGAAUGAAUGCAGGUGGCUAUUGGGGAGACCAAGGGGCAGUCUAGUUAGGCAUUUCUCUAAGGAGCAGAAUCGGGUGCAUGUGAUGGAAAAGGAGGGCAAGAAGACAGCUUUUUGACAAUAUUAUUUUGGAUGAAAUUCCACGUGUUUGUCCUAGCAUCUGCGACAUAUGUGUUCGAGGAAGGUGGUGAACCAGUGGGCAUUGCGGUACAUCCUAGUGGGGACAAAUUUGUGUGCUCAACCACUACUUGCUGCAAGAGUUUGCUGUCGAAGAUGUUGGUCCACAAAAAUGCAUGGCCUUUAGUGUUGAUGGCGCCAAAUUAGCCACAGGCGGAUUUGAUGGACAUUUUAGACUUUUUGAGUGGCCAACCAUGCACAUUAUUGUGGAUGAACCUAAAGCUCACAAGUCAUUCAAAGACAUGGAUUUCAGCUUAGAUUCAGAGUUCUUAGCUACCACAUCCACAGAUAGUGUCGCCAGAAUAUGGAACACAAGCGACGGCGUUCCAGGAACCGUAACACCAAAUUCAGAUGAGAAUAUUGAGCUCUGCAGGUUUUCUAAAGAUUGGACAAAACCCUUUUUGUUCACUACUGUUCAAAAAGGUAAUAAGACAAUGAUUGCAGUUUGGGAUAUCACCACAUGGAAGAAAAUUGGACACAAAAGCCUGUUAAAAAAGCCAGCUUCCAUUAUGUCAAUUAGUUUGGAUGGGAAAUAUCUUGCAUUGGGAAGCAAAGAUGGUGAUGUCUGUGUUAUUGAAGUGAAAUAGAUGGAGAUCUCCUCCUUACACAAGAGAAUGCACUUGGGUAACAAUAUCACUUCUUUGGAGUUUUUUCCUAGUGAAAGGUACACUCUAGCAAUAAGUUUCUAUAGAGUAUGAGUCCCUGUCAUUGCCGGUCCUCUUUUCUGAAGCUUAUGCCUUUUUUUUAGAAGUCAUGUUUCUCAAGGAAUUCUAAACAGUGCUAGCAUUUGUCUUUUUUCUCCACAAGUUAUAUAUAGAGAUACAAGAAGAAAUUGUAGUAGAUGUAACUCGUGACUUAAGGGUGAAAAGGGAAGCUUUUGUGAUGGUCUUGUACCUCUUAUAUACGAUUUGGCCAAUUAAGUUUACCAAGAAGCAUGAGUAGAUAUCUUUGAUGCCAACCUUUCAUGAAUACCUUUAGUAUAUGAACUACUUUUUAUUGACAACAACUGAUUAUUGAAGAAGACCUAUAUGCUAUUACCUUUUGGAGUUGAUCUGCUGCACCUAUAAGUUAUUCUGUUGGUGUAACUUUGACCUGUACUUGUACCAUGCAAAACUCCUCAUUCUGCUCCUUUUCAUUGUUUCCUCUAACCUCUCCACCCUUUUGUUCGUGCCCUUUUGGUCUUUUACGUCUAAGGUAAAGAAUGGUGCUACUUUUAGGUAUUCGUUUGCUUGGAUUUUUAUGCAACAUUCUAUCCGUUAGAUGUAUUUUUAGCAAAGCUACAUCAGAGCCCAAAAUGUAGCAUUAGAGAGGCUCAACAUUUAGUACUUCCAUAGCUUCUUCUUGAAGUGGAGUAAUUUUUCUCAUUAAUUGUUUUUUUGGGAAUCAAAACUCUUAUUCUGUUUGCCUACUUUAACUUACAUGUCCACGUUGGUGCACUUUUGGCAGGGUUGCUAUUACUACUUCCUC